AUGUUUUUCAAGCGUACCAUCGUUGCUGCUCCAAACUCUUCGCAGCAGCAGCCUUCAAACAACAACACCACCACACAGUCCUCGAGUCGGACACCAUCCUCCAAUGAUGAUCGUGGUGGACCUGUUUAUAACUUUGAACACACAUGGAAACAUAUUAAAGAAGGAAUCAACAAGCUGAUCGAGUUUCUUGAUUCGAAUCUUACCAAGCCUUUUAAUUACACCGAGCAUAUAUCACUCUAUAGUGAUGUCUACAAUCUUUGCACUCAAAGAGUAGAUACUGGUGAUCCCUAUCUCAAUGCAGCUGAUUUACUCUAUGACAAACAUCGUAAAUGUGUUUCCGAAUAUUUGAAACAAAAAGUCAUUCCUUCUCUCAAAGAAAAACAAGGCCAAAUACUCCUCACAGAAGCUAUCAAACGAUGGAAAGACCAUCAAUUAAUCAUCAAAUACUUGUUGAAAAUAUUUCACUAUCUGGAUCGAUUCUAUACUAAAAAUAAUGGUAAAAACUCUCUCCGUGAAGUUUCUCUUGAUUUAUAUUAUGAAAAAGUCUAUUUGAAAAUUAAAACAGAUUUAGCACAAGCAAUCUAUGACAAAAUUCAAAGUGAAAGAGAUGGUGAAAUUACAGAUCGAUCCAUAUUAAAAGAUGGAAUUUCACUUUUCAUUGAAAUGGCUCAAGAGAAUCGACCAACCACCUAUGAAGAUGAUUUUGAAAAGAAAUUGUUGCAUGAAACUGAAUUAUAUUACAGUAGACAAAGUUCAAAAUGGAUUGAAGAAAUGAACUGUGUCGAUUAUAUGAAAAAAGUAGAUGAGAGAAUUGCAAGUGAAGAACGUCGAUGUUUAACUUAUUUGGCACCUCAAACAAAACCCAAAUUGAUGAAUGUUGUCUAUGAUGAAUUAAUUAGAAAACAUCAAAUGACCAUGAUCAAUAUGGAAAAUUGUGGAAUGGUUUCUCUAUUGCAAACCAUGGCAAAGGAAGAUUUGAGUCGAAUGUUUAAAUUUUUUGAGAUGAUUCAAAAUGUGAAACCCAUGGCUGACAAGUUGGAACAAUACAUUCGAGAGGAAGGUAUUAAAUUGUUAGAAUCGUUUGCAAGUAAGAGUGUUAUUGAUGUGAAGGGUUAUGUUGAAGGAUUAUUGCAAUUACAUGAUACCUUUUUGAAAUUGGUGAAUAUGGAAUUUAAAAAGAAUUCUCUCUUUUUAGAAGCCAUGCACAAUGCAUUUGUCUCUUUUGUGAAUAUGGAUUUAGUAUUAACCACCAACUCGAGUGCUGCCACUACUACUGCUACUUCAACUACUGCAACACCUUCCAUCGUGGCUACUACAUCUCCUCAGAAAAUCUCAAGUCCUUUGCCAUCCAUGACAACUCUUACGACUACUCCAAGUGCUACUACAACAACAACUACGAGUAUCACCACCACCAAUACUACCAUCACUACCACCACCACCACCACCACUACUACUACUACUACUACUACCAAUACCACAAGUGAUCCAUUCUCCUCUUCAUCACUUCUUUCCUCUACCAAUAGAGCAUCUGGUGCUGAAUUAAUAUCUUCCUACUGUGAUAUUGUCAUGAGAGAAAUUGACAAGUACGAUGAACUCAAAAUUGAUGAACUUUUUGAAAAUAUUGUUCGUCUUUUUGGUUAUUUGAGAGAUAAGGAUUGUUUUGUAGAAUUCUAUCGAAGACAAUUGAGUAAGAGAUUAAUCGUUUCAUAUAACAGCAAAACUACUUCCACACGAAGACUCUCUUCUGAUUAUGAUUCUGAACGUUUAUUGAUAUCAAAACUUAAAAUCAAAAUGGGAGCACAAUUUACAUCCAAAUUAGAAGGAAUGGUCAAAGAUAAAACACUCUCUGAAGAACUUGCUACUUCUUUCUCUGAAUAUUUAAAGAAUAAGGGUUUGACAUUACCACUUGAUUUCACACCACAAAUAUUAACCACUGGAUUUUGGCCAACACUCAAAUCAGAACCAAUGAAUCUCUCUGAAGAAUUUACAAAAUGUGUGAAUGCGUUUAAAGAUUUUUAUGAUUCAAGAACUGAAAGUCGAUCUUUGAAAUGGAUUCAUUCUUUAGGUACAUGUCAAAUAUUAGCAAGAUUUGUGAAUGGAGAUCGAGAUAUAAUGCUCAAUCAAUUUCAAGCGAUGAUUUUAGUUUUAUUUAAUAAUUCAAAUGAAUUGAAUACUCUACAAAUUCAAGAAUCACUUCAGAUACCAUUGGCAGAGAUCAAAAAGAAUAUCAUGGCAUUGUGUGCUUCCAAAAAUGCCAACAUUCUACUUAAAACUGGAAAUGCUAAAACUGUUUCCAAUGAAGAUGUCUUUAGUGUGAAUGUGAAUUUCACUUCUAACAAUCGAAGAAUCAAAGUACCAAAUCUGGUCAUCAAGAUGGAUGUGAAAGAGAGAGAAGAUGUUGAUCGCACAACUCAAGAAGAUCGUAAACAUGCCAUUGAAGCUGCCAUUGUUCGUAUUAUGAAAUCAAGAAAACAAUUGGAUCAUCAAAAUUUGGUAUUAGAAACCAUCAAACAACUCUCUUCACAUUUCUUACCUGAUCCAAAGAUUAUCAAGAAGAGAAUUGAGGAUUUGAUUUCACGUGAUUAUUUGGAAAGAGAUUCAUCCAAAGCAAAUGUGUAUCGUUAUUUGGCAUAA